GAGACUAUUGCUUCCCCUUCUCUUUCUCUCUUCCGUUUUAUUUCCAUUACUUUUUCUUUAAUCUUAACCUUAUCAUUAUUAAUUCAACCAAAUAUAACAUAGUAAUCCCUCUAAUAUCCUUUUUUUAAUUCCCUUCCAUGCACAUUACAUGGCCGACGCCGACCAACUCCCCCGCCGGAAACCCCUUGGGAAUAAGCGCGCCAAUAGAGACCCCGAUUCCGCCACCGUCACGGCUCCUUGUGGCGCAUGCAAGUUUCUCAGGAGAAAAUGUAUCAAUGGUUGUAUCUUUGCGCCACAUUUCGCCUCGGAUCAGGGUGCUGCACGUUUCGCUGCUGUGCAUAAGGUCUUUGGAGCUAGCAACGUGUCGAAGCUGCUGCUGCAUAUUCCGGUCAGCCGUCGAAACGACGCUGUUGUCACUAUUUCUUAUGAGGCUCAGGCCAGACUGUCCGACCCUGUCUAUGGCUGUGUCUCUACUGUUCUUGCCCUACAACAACAGGUAGCAUCUCUUCAGGCGGAGCUUGCGGCGGUUCAAGCUCAAUUGAUAAACAGCAGGUUGGCAUUUGCAGCUGCAGUUCAAAACUCACAGCCAUCCCAAGUCGGAGUUCUGCAGCCAGCUUACUCUAACAACUCCUCCAUCUCCGUCUCCGCCUCUACCUCCACUCAUAAUGCAAUCAACUUGAGUAGUUUUGCUUCCAAUUAUGACCUUCCUACUGAGACUGCCCCGUCUUCCCAUCACUUAGAGCCUCUUCACUUCCCCCACCGCCCAAUCGACGAGGAGGAAGACGAGGAAAAUAGCCAGUUGCCAGCUAUCUUUGCUGAUUAGGACCCUUUUUACCUUUGUUCAGGAUUGGGGAAGAAUAACAUCAAAGUGAUUUUCCAUAAAUUUCCCUGCUAACUAUAAAAUAGAAUCAAUGUAGGAGGAAAAAAAUACCGACCGAAUCAAAAUUUUCAACUUUAACAGUAAGGAUGCAAUCGUGCACUGCACAGUGUGAAACAGGAAGGAAAAAAAGAUAAAAACUAAUAAAACUAGUUAAUCCAAUCACUUUGAAG